AUGGGAAGCAGGAAGUCGGUGUGUUGUGGGCUUUCUGCUCUGGAAGUGACACUUGGCGUCCUCUUCAGCCUCAUGACCGCCAUUAGCAUCAUCCUGAUUGUACUGCUAGUUACCAGGAAUGCACACACAGAUCCAGAGCUUCAGCACCCACCUUACCUGAUCGGAGUGGGCCGAGCCGACUGCACGGGACCACCAGCUGAUGUUCCUCUGAUGGGUUAUGCAAACCCUCAGCAGACGGCUGCAGGCAUACACACCCGUUUGUACAGCAGAGCUUUCAUCGUCGAUGACGGGACGCGGCGAGUCGUGUUCGUCACCGUGGACAUAGGAAUGGUUUCACAAAGGCUCCGACUCGAGGUUUUGCAGGCACUGCAGGUGAAGUACGGGGAUCUGUACCGGCAGGAUAAUGUGGUUCUAAGUGGGACUCACACUCACUGUGGACCCGGCGGAUAUUUCCAGUACACGCUGUUCAUGAUCACAAGCGGGUACAUGAAGGUUGCUAUUGAGCCGCUGGUUAAUGGCAUUGUCAAGAGUAUAGACAUAGCCCAUGAUAACAUGAAGCCUGGGAGGAUCUUCAGGAACAGAGGAGAGCUGGAUGACAGCAGCCUGAACAGAAGCCCUCAUUCAUACCUGAACAACCCUGAGGAGGAGAGACGCAGGUAUAAGUGGAACACAGACAAACAGGUGCUGGUGCUGAAGUUCACUGAUCUGGAUGGAGAUGGGAUCGGUAUGAUCAGCUGGUUCGCCGUCCACGCUGUCAGUAUGAACUACACCAACCGCAUGGUGAGCAGCGACAACAUGGGCUACGCCUCCUACCUGCUGGAGCAGGACAAGAACCCUGGAGAGCUACCUGGACAGGGAAGUUUCGUUGCUGGUUUCUCCUCCAGUAACCUCGGCGAUGUCAGCCCAAACACCAGAGGACCUUACUGUGUGAACACUGGGCUUCCCUGUGACUACCUGAACAGCUCCUGUCCCAUAGGAGGGACUAAAAUGUGUCAGGCAUUCGGACCUGGAGAAGACAUGUUUGAGAGCACUCGGAUAAUCGGACACAGCAUCUACCUGAAGGCAAAGGAGCUGUAUGCAAAUGCAGUCGAGGAGGUGACCGGCUCCAUUCAGUAUGCUCAUCAGUGGGUCAACAUGACUGACGUGACUGUUCAGAUCAACGAGACGCACACGGGCAGGACAUGUAAGCCAGCUCUGGGUCACAGUUUUGCAGCAGGAACAAUAGAUGGAGGAGGAGACCUGAACUUCACUCAAGGCGCUGUGGAAGGAGACCCGUUCUGGGACGGGAUCAGAGAUGCUUUGCUUGGCAAGCCGUCCAGUCAUACAACGGAAUGUCAUCAUCCCAAACCGAUCCUGUUCAGCACUGGGGAGAUGAACUGGCCUCUGCCUUGGCAUCCUCAGAUUGUGGACGUUCAGAUGAUCACCAUCGGAUCUGUGGCUGUUGUAGCUGUUCCUGGAGAAAUGACCACCAUGUCGGGGAGGAGGUUACGAGAAGCUGUCAAAGAGGAGCUGGCAUCAGAGGGAACAAGGAAGCAAAUGGAGGUGGUGAUUGCAGGCCUCAGUAACACGUACACUCAUUACAUCACCACCUAUGAGGAGUACCAGGUGCAGCGGUAUGAAGGCGCUUCCACCAUAUACGGUCCGCACACGCUCAGUGCCUACCUGCAAAAGUACCGAGGCCUGGCUAGAGCCAUCGCUCAGGACAGAGUAUCUGAGCUGCCAGCUGGCCCUGAGCCUCCCUUCUUUACAGAGAAACUAUUUAAUUUUGUGCCUCCAGCACUCUUUGACAAAAAACCAGUGAACACCAGCUUCGGAGACGUCCUGCAGCAGGUUUACCCCGUUUAUAGACAGGGUGAUGUUGUGUCUGUCACGUUUGUAGCAGGGAACCCGAGACACUCCGGAGAUAUUAGGGAUAAAACUUUUGUUACUGUAGAGAUUUUUGACAACAGAACAGAAACCUGGAAAGUUGUUCACACUGAUGCAUCAUGGGAGACCAGGUUUCACUGGCUGAAAGGGUCAAACUGGCAGAGUAAUGCUACAGUCGAGUGGCAGAUUCCCCCGACAGCCCCCACGGGCUACUACAGGAUCAGACACUUUGGCCACUACAAAGAGCUGAAAGGCCUGCAGCCUGUCAUAACGCCGUACGAAGGCUCAUCAGACAUCUUCGGAGUCACUGCCAGCUUCUACUAUGAGCAACGCCACCAACCAGUUUAGGAUUACACAGCCUGAUCACUGUCGAACAAAGACCUCUAGGAAUCAGAAAC